AUGGUGAACAAGGAAACUCUGAUAGCCAGUGGCAUCGCUGGCCUGGUGACACUUGUCGUCGUCUACAGUGUGCGCGGCUGGAGGCAGGAUGGCCGUGAAGUUGCCGUCGAAGAGAGGGCCAAAGCUGCUGAGGAGAGGGAGGAAAUCAAAUGGAAAUGGGAGCUAGAGGACCGUGGGAUGGUGGAGGACGAGAAGCUCCGUCAGGCAAGGAGCGACGCUGAAAAGGCCACCAGCGAUGCCGCCCGCGCCCCGAUCAGGGACACAACCACACUGCAGCUUGAGCAAGCCGAGAAUGAGAUGAGGGAGAUCCAGGCCCAGAUCAACUCGAUGACAGAGCUUGCCGCUGCCAGAGCCGGCGAGAAGAUGUGGCUGAACGAGCGAUUGGCUGAAAGCAUGGACCAAAUUCAGAAGCUAAAGGCGGAGAUUGCGGAGGAGAAGGCUAAGUCUCAGCUCCUAGCUAAGAUCUAA